AUGCCUGACAAGGUCUUCCUCGCCACCCUCCUGGCCGACCUGCUCUUCCUCGCCUCCGGCGCAAUGGAGCUCGGCUUCUCCAUCGCCGCCAUGAACCUCCAGGACAAGGCUCCCACCGACGGCCAGGACGCCACGCGCCACCUCAUCUACCAGCGCUUCCCCCUCACCGUCGGCAUCGUCAACGCAGUCUUCGUCCUCGUCACCUUCGUCUUCACCAUCCCCGCCCUGGCCCUCGUCAAGCGCAACCUGCUCAAGAUCAGCGGCUACAUGAUCACCGUCUGCGGCGUCUUCACGCUCGCCGUGGGCUUGUACCUCUGGAUCAUGACGUUGAGGCUCAAGGAGACCUUUGAGCCUAUUUACGCGGCGCAGGAUUCGUCAGUUCAGUCGUUGAUGCAAACUUCGUUCAACUGCUGCGGCUACCUCAACAGCACAUCUCCCGCCUUCGUCACAGACAGCGUUUGCCCCAGCCCUGCCGCGGCUGCUCUUCUCCGGGGAUGCUCCACCAACAUGGCCAGUUUCGCCAACGCCUUCAUCAACGACCUGUUUACCGCCGUCUUCGGCAUGGUCGGCGUCGAUGCCCUCCUCGUCCUUGCCAUCGCCUGUCUCCUCAAAGAGCGCAAGGAAAAGGAGCGCUACUACAUCAUCGAUCAGAAGCGAGACUACGGCCGUCUGUAA